AGAACGUAGGAUUUGUCAACAGCCGUCAACAGCCAAUCAGAUCGCUUGUAGAGCGAGCAAGCUGAGCCGAUCGAUGUAAACACAUUCGCCCAUCGCGUGCAUGCACAUGUUGUACUCUACUCUGACUACACUGAUAGCUGAAAGCUUCAAAACAUGGACUCGAAUGCGAGUUUUUCGUACCGUAUACCUUUGUCGCCGACUGCACGACAAGAAGUUGAUCAUCAUCAAACAAAUUCCAGUAGAGCAGAUGACCAAAGAUGAAAGACAGGCAGCUCUGAAUGAAGUGAAAGUUUUGUCCAUGCUGGAUCACCCAAACAUUAUUGAGUACUAUGAAAACUUCCUGGAGGACAAAGCCCUCAUGAUUGUGAUGGAGUAUGCUGAAGGUGGCACUGUCUUUGAAUAUUUACAACAAAGAGGAAAUGCUCUUAUCGAAGAGGAUGAGGUAUUGCGUCUGAUGGCACAGAUAUUGCUGUCCAUGAAGCACGUCCACUCAAAACAGAUACUCCAUAGAGAUCUCAAGACACAGAAUAUCCUUCUCAAUCGAGAUCAUGACGUCAUCAAGAUUGGAGACUUUGGGAUCUCUAAGAUUCUCAGCAGCAAGAGCAAGGCUUUCACUGUGGUGGGGACGCCCUCGUACAUCUCUCCGGAACUCUGCGAAGGAAAACCGUACAAUCAAAAGAGCGAUAUGUGGGCAGUUGGCUGUGUACUUUAUGAGCUACUUACUCUCAAGAGGGCAUUUGAAGCAAAUAAUCUACCAGCAUUGGUGAUGAAGAUCAUGAGGGGUUCUGUGGCCCCUAUAUCAGACCGAUAUAGCGACCAGCUCAAACGUCUCCUCCUUCGCAUGCUGCAUCUUGAUCCUGAUAAACGACCUACAAUCGACCAGGUCAUGGCAGAACCUAUCAUCUUCAAGGCUGUCGUUGAAGUCUGCAUGACGAUGGGUGCCGUCAAGGUACACCCUAAGGCCCAUCCGACCAUUGCCUCAAGACCACCCACAGGAUCCCAGCGUAGAUCAGUCUCAAGAGUCAGCAGUGCUAGGUCUUCCUCACACAGAUCUAACAUCAUACUCGAGAGCAGCGGCAGUGGAGGGCUUCCUAAGCCCCGCCCACAUUCCUUGAUCUACUGCUGGGGGAAUGGUAUCCCAUCACCCCUCAGGCUGCCUCUGCCCCAUGCAGACACCAAGGUACUACAGGUCUCUAUCGGGAGAUCGCAGAAGACUGGUGUGACCCACAAUGGCAGGCUCAUUAUCUGGGAGUCACCAUCAAUUGGUACAGACUCUGGAUUACCCGGUGCAGUUGACCAAAUGGUACCGAUGUAUGUACCAAGGUACCUUGAAGGCCAGUCUGCUGUCUCUAUUCAGAGGGUUUCAUGUGGUGACCUGUUUGUUGCUUGCCUUACAGACAGGGGAAUCUUGAUGACAUUUGGAAGUGGCGCCCAUGGCUGCCUGGGUCAUGGUAACUACCAGGAUCUCUCCCAGGCUAAGAUCGUCGAGGCGCUGCUGGGAUAUGAGGUGGCGCUGGUCUCUUGUGGAGCGUCACAUGUCAUGGCAGUGACCAAUGAGCAUGAAGUAUUCUCAUGGGGGCGGGGAGAUAAUGGUCGUCUUGGACUUGACAGUCAGGAAUCAGUGUCAUCUCCUCAAGCAGUGUUACUACCCCCUCAACAUCAGGCUAAAUCCGUCUGCUGUGGGGUUGACUGCUCUAUGAUAAUCACAAGUGAAGGCGCAGUCAUCGCUUGCGGCAGCAAUAGGUCAAACAAGUUAGGCUUGGAUCAGAGUGACCAGCAGAUUGAGGAGGUGUUUUCACUCACUGUUGUUACGACCCAACCUCUUCCACAACUCAACAUUGCAUCAGCUGCCAUUGGUACAUCUCAUUCAGCUUUCAUUACUUAUGAAGGUGACUGUUAUACAUUGGGUUCUAAUCAGUUCGGACAGCUCGGCUGCAGGACAGACCAUACAACUCCCAGAAUCCCAUGCAAGCCAAGCUUUCCUGAUGGUGUCAUUCUCAGCCAGGUCGACUGUGGAGACAUGUUCACAGUUGCCAUAGCAACAGAUGACAAAGUCUAUUCAUGGGGUAAAGGAGCCAGAGGACGAAUAGGGCGCCCUCUCCAGGACACAAGUGUACCACUCGAAGUCCAUUUAGAUGACGAGGAUAUUAAUGUCUUAUCUAUUUCCUGCAGUCAUAGCAACACGAUUGUGGCAUCAAAAUACAAGGAGAGUGAUGUGUGAGAUUGAACCAACACAUAUUCCAGCAUUGAUACUCCUCCCAAGAUGAUUACUCUGCGACAGCUCCUCGUUUAUUUUCUGAAGUAUCCACCUUAAAGACUUUCUUGAAAAGUUGGUUUUAGCAUAAGAUUCAUUUUUUUUAUCCUAUUGUUUGUUUAAAUCAAAUAAUAAAGACAUAUGCAGUGAUGCUUUGCAUUUUGCAUUUUAUUAGAAGAUGAUUGUACAUUGCAAAACAUAUACAACUGUUGAUUGUAAUCACUAAUCAAAAAAGAAAACAAAAUCUGCAUCUGGGGUCAACGAACAAGAAAAUAUGGGCGUAAUUGAAACACUAAUGGAAAAAAAAUAUUCUGAUGUUUUGGUCAAAGGACUUAUUCAGUUAUUGAUUUUAUGUCUGAAGUGCUGUUUCAGUAAUUUAUUAUCAAGCAUCUCCUUUUUAGCUAUGUGAAAUAUUUGAUGUAAGACAACCAGUACUACAUGUUUAUAUGAUUUUCCUUUGUUGCAUUGAUGUGAUGAGUGUGGAUUUCCCCCUUCCCCUAGGGGGGGGGGGGUAGUGUCUUAAGCUAAUUAUACUUUUUGUACAUUAGGCAGUCAUAUACUUCACUACAUGUAAUACAACCUUUCACAUGAACAAGGAAAUACCAAAACAAAAUCUUUUCAAAAGGUCCUUCCUUUUAGAGGGUGGGAUGUAGAUACCAUAUUUUAUUGCAAUUUUGCAAAAUGGUAGUAAUAUGAAUCAUAUUUGCAUUUUUUGUUUGUGGUGUGUAAGUAUUUUGAAAUUGCACAAAAUAUUCACAUUGAAAUUUUCCAAAAUAUUCAAUAUCUCACUUGUAAUGAUAUUACUUAGCUACAUCAUACAUGAUUCUGGAUAAAUAUUGGUCUUUGGAAUAUUUUCUUCUUGUAUUUGUGGUUUCAUUGUAUGCUUGUUGUUUUGGGCACAAGGGAAGUCUAGAUGCAAGAGUAAUAUAUAUCUUUUCCUCCUUUCUUUGAUUAAAAAAUGAAUGUGAGUAUGGUUUUAUUGUGUUCAAACAUUAUACUUAGUACAUUUUUUAAAGAUGCGUAUUCGUUCUUGUUAAAAAAAUAUGCUUGAAGUAUUUAUGAUGAAAUAUGUCCUCAAUCAUUUGGUUACCAUGAUGAAAAUCAUAGGAAUGUUUCUUAAUACUGUCUGUAAAGCUACCGAAAAGAUUGUUUAACUUCAUUCAAGAUCAAAAUAUUAUUUUUUUAUAUUGCAGCUAAUGCUCGAAUCAUAAUUGCAAACCUUUAGGUCAGACAGGAAUCACCUGAGAUUUUGAAGCUAAUCGGUCACUUAAUUUCUGUGUUAAUUGAUGACUGCAGUCAUUCACCAACUAAACACUGUAAUCCAAGGAGGAACAGUAAUCACUCCUUUACUUUAAUUGCAAAGUAUGAAAUGAUGCUCAUGAAAUAAGAUUUUCAGGGUUUCCUCUUGAAAAAUUAUUGCUCGCAAUAAUAGCAUGUACGGCCAAAGGCCCGCAGCUUAGAUUUUUGUAAACCUCCAUAAAGUAACUCAAUCCCUAAAUUUCAAAGCAGCUACAUUUCACAAGCCUAUUUUCCAUCCAGAUAAAUAAAUUAAAACAAAGUAUUAUUUUGGUACCAGCUUGGCAACAUUCAUUCAUAUUUGUUGUCCAGUUGCCAAGACGAUGCCAAAAAUAAAGCGUCAGUGUACCUGUGUAUUUAUCAAACACCUUGAUGUAUUUUUAUAUAAAUUGUGCAACUUUUUUAAAGACCCAUACCAGACCCAAAAUUGAAAUUGACAAAUUGUAAAUCAAUCUAAAGUUCAUCAACUUGAACACACAGCAAUGAAAGGCUUAUGCAUAUUCACUGCUUCCCAGCUUAGUAUUUUGCUUUGAUAGCUCCAAUUAUCGGUUCAAUUUUUAUUCUGCUUUUCAUCGGCCUUGGAUCUGUGAUGUCAUUCUGUAUUAAAGGCAUUAUGAUUCCAUAGAUUUGUACACUGAAAACUAAGUGAGAUUCAUGCUUCUAGAUUCUGCUUUUGAUUUCGUCACUUUGAUCAUAUAGAGAUAUUAUUAGUAUAUUUUCAUGUAUGUUUUAAUUGAUGAAAUCUAUAGCUUUGGACUGUUAAGUCUGCUAUAUUUCAUUUUCCACUUAUUUGGGAAGCUUUCCAAGUCUAUCUGCAUUCAGAUGAUGUGUAACACCUCUUCCUGACAUAGCAAUUUAGGCAAAAUAACAGGCAAACAAAGAAAUUAAAAAAAAAAUAUUGUGAAGAGCUACAGGUCUCUAUCCAUUUAUAUAUUGAAAUAUUUCAGCGCUACUUUCCUCUUCAAAUUGAUUAUAAAAAUUGAUUUCAUUACCUUGUACAAAACUAAGGAAUCACAACCCUUAUGUGAUGUCACAUCAUUCAGGUCAUUAUGAAGAUCAUUAAAGCCUUUUGUCGAAUCCUGGUAAUUUGAGAUUUUCUGAAGCAAAAUAUUCGGCCGUCAAACAGGGAAUGUAAUAUGUACUUAUUUGUAAUUGUGUGCUUCCACUAAUGACACCAUCCAAAUUGUAGAAUUUGUCUUCCAUCCCAUCAAAACAAAGGUUUGCAUUGUCAAAGGAAGUUCUUCUUGUAAAUGUUCAGUAUUUAAAGAAUUUAUAUUUUAAUAUGUUUAUAAUUAUGCAAAGUGCAAUGAAUGAAAUCCUUUACUACCAUGUAUAAUAUUAUGUUGGACCAACUGAUUUUUAUUGUUAGAUUUUGUUUAUAAGUUUACCAAUCAAUGAUAUAUUUUAGAUUGCACUUCCUCAAGUUUUAUGAUAUAUACAUGUAUCUGAUGAUGAACUCAAAUUUUGAAGAUGAACAUUUUUUACCAGACAAAUUCAAGAUUACAGGGUUUUUUUAAGUCACAUUACCAUUUUCAAAUGAAAGGCUGACCACUCUCUGUACCUAUGCAAUGUUUUUAUGUAAUUUAUUGUACUAUUAACCUUAUCUAUCCUUUUUGACCAAAAGAUAUAUUUAUAAUAAAUAUACCAUCUUUUACAAGAA